AUGAAGUUCUCGAUUCUGGCAUCAGCUGCGCUGGCCGCUGAUGGAGCACUGGCUCUGCAGAAUCCACACCGCAAGGCACCAGCGAAAGUAAAACGCAGUGCGGAAGCACGUCCAGAGCUGAACGCCAGAACAGCAGGAAAAGCUCCUCAGUACUAUACCGACAAGACCAAGAAGUAUGAGGUCAAUGGCACUGGCCUCCCUCAAGUACCAUUCGACAUCGGCGAGUCAUACGCAGGUACCUUGCCCAUCAGCAACAAUACCAACGAUGAGAACAGACUGUUCUUCUGGUUCUUCCCCUCUUCGAAUGAGAAAGCUUCGGAUGAGAUCACAAUCUGGCUGAACGGCGGUCCAGGAUGCAGUUCGCUUGAUGGUCUGUUCCAGGAAAACGGUCCCUUCUUAUGGCAGAGUGGUACAUAUGAUCCAGUGCCGAAUCCGUACUCAUGGACAAAUUUGACGAACAUCGUCUACGUCGAUCAGCCCAUCGGAACUGGUUUCAGUCCUGCAGCAAAGGGCGAGCCAGCCAAGAUCAAGAACGAGCAGGAGGUUGCCGAAGACUUCAUGGCUUUCUGGGAAAACUUUAUGACCACAUUCGAUCUUACCGACCGUAAGGUGUAUAUCACUGGCGAGAGUUAUGCUGGCCAGUACAUCCCCUAUAUCGCCUACUACAUGUUGAAGGCAAACGACAAAAAGUACUUCAACGUCAAGGGCAUUCAAAUCAACGAUCCCAGCAUCAACGAGGACAACGUCCUCAACGAGGCGCCGGCUGUCUGGCAUCUCAACGACUACGCAAACAUCUUCGGACUUAACGAGAGUUUCAUGAAGGAUGUCAACGAGCGAGCAGUGAAGUGCGGUUACAUUGACUUCAUGGAGAAAGCACUCACUUUCCCACCAACGGGACCACUGCCCAAUGCUCCCAAUGCCUCAGCCCCAGGGUGUGAUGUUUGGGGCGAUAUCGUGACUGCAGAGAUCUACGUGAACCCAUGUUUCAACAUCUACCACUUGACAGAUUACUGCCCGUUCUUGUGGGAUGAGCUGGGCUUCCCAUCACUUGGCUGGGGCCCAAACAACUACUUCAACCAGAGCGACGUACAGAAGGCCCUCAAUGUCCCGCCUACGAACUACGCCAUCUGUGGAAACCCCGAUCUUGGCUUGAGCAACGACCAGAGUGUACCCUCCGCUUUGGGACCUCUCCCACGUGUCAUCGAGAUGACCAACAAUGUCAUUAUCGGCCACGGCUGGCUCGACUACCUUCUUCUGGCCAAUGGUACUCUGGCGACCAUCCAGAACAUGACUUGGAACGGCAAGCAAGGAUUCCAGCAGCGACCUACUGAGGACUUCUUCGUACCAUAUCCGGACAACGCCGACGAAGUCAUUAGCGCUAUUCUGUACCAGUCCAACAUCCCAUCAAUUCCAUUGUACACAGUAUUGGCCGGCGCUGGCGUUGCAGGUACAACACACACCGAGCGUGGGCUGACCUUCGUUACGGUCAACAAUGCCGGGCACGAGAUUCCGCAGUACACCCCGGGAGCUGCGUAUCGUCAGCUGGAAUUCCUGCUUGGACGCAUCCCCAGCUUGACUACGGUUGGACCAUAUACGACGCAGAUUGGUAACAUGACGGCGAAGGGGAACUAUACCGCAUAUACAACUGCACGGAUUCGGUUUGAGUAA